UUCCGGUCACACGGAUCCUUGGAGGGUUUUGCUGUGCGCCAUCUCCUGGGCUCCGCGCCUGAUUGCGCUAGUGCCCGGAGUUGGUGGAGGCGCGGGUUUGGCUGAGCCCUCGGACACCCAUGGCUCCCCUCACGCAGCGGCUGCUCUUUCAACGCGGGCGACCCAAGACCAACAGCCUGGGAAAGAUCCGGAGUCUGGAUCUCUCGGGGCUAGAGCUGCGGUCAGAGCACUUGGACCCCAAUCUCCUGGGGCGUCUGAAGCAGCUGAAGGAACUUGACCUCUCUGACAACCUGCUGGAGACGCUGCCUGCCAACCUGGGCCUGUCCCAUCUGCUCAUCCUUCGCUGCGCCAACAACCAGCUGUGCGAUGUCACUGCUUUGCGCCAAUUUCCCAACCUGGAGGAGCUCAGCCUGGAAGGGAACCCCUUCCUGACGGUCAAUGACAACCUGAAAGUCUCCUUUCUCCUGCCCAAGCUACGUAGGGUCAAUGGCAAGGACACGGCCUCCGCCUGCUCACAGGUGGGGAACCUCGAUCGGGAGCUGACCAACAGGGUCACAGCUCACUGGGAGAAGUUCAUGGCCACCAAGAGCCCUGAAGAGAAAGCUGACAAAUUCCGGGCUGACUUUGUGACGUCUGCGGUCAGGAAUGUGCGUUAUGGCCCUGAGUCUCUCAUCGAGUUCACCCAGUGGCGGGUGCGGAUGAUCGCCGAGAAACUGGUGGCCUCAGGUGGGGCCCAGGCCCAGGAAGCUGACAUACCAAAGGGGCCUCCCCAGACUGCAUCUGACUCCAAGCUCAGGCCCAGAAUGGCGGCCUCAAAACGGCCUGAGAAUGUCCCACCCGAUCUCCCUUCCAUCAAGCGGCUGUGUCCCUUCCCAGCAGCCCAGAAAGAGGACAGGCCUAUGGACUCCAAUGGAGGACAGGCUGCCCUACACUUGGAGCCCCUGCACUUCCUGCAGUGUCAUAGCAGAAACAACAGCCCUAAGGACCUGGAGACCCAGCUGUGGGCCUGUGCCUUUGAGCCUGCCAGGGAGGAGGGACACGCGGGGGCCACGUCACAGACUGUGGCCACAUGUGGUGGAGAGGCUGUUUGCGUGAUAGACUGCCAGACAGGCAUCGUUCUCCAUAAAUACAAGGUACCAGGCGAGGAGUUCUUCUCAGUGGCCUGGACAACCCUGACGGUGGUCACCCAGGCCGGCCACAAGAAGCGCUGGAACAUGCUGGCGGCUGCGGGCCUGCGGGGCAUGGUCCGGCUGCUCCAUGUGCGUGCAGGGUUCUGCUGCAGUGCCAUCCGAGCCCAUAAGAAGGCCAUCGCCACCCUCUGCUUCAGUCCCAUCCACGAGACCCACCUCUUGACUGCCUCUUACGACAAACGGAUCAUCCUCUGGGACAUUGGGGUGCCCAACCAUGAAUACCAGUUCCAGGCUAGCCAGCUACUCAUACUCAGCUGCAGCUCCGUCCCCCUGCGCCUCUGUCCUGUCGCCUCCUGCCCUGAUGACUUCCUGCUAGCUGGCUGUGAGGGAGGCUGCUGCUGCUGGGAUGUGCGGCUAGACCAGCCCCAGAAGCAAAGGGUGUGUGAAGUGGAAUUAAUCUUCUCUGAGGAUUCCGAGACAUCAGGACAGAGAGUGGACGGGCUGGCAUUUGUGAGUGACGACGUUGUGGCCUCCAAAGGGAGUGGACAAGGCAUUAUCUACCUGUGGAGCUGGAGCCAGACGUGGGCAGGCCGGGACAGCCGGUCAGUGUUGCCCGUGGUCAUCCUGGCCCGGCUGCAGUGGUCACCCACCAACCUGGCUUACUUCUCACUCAGCACCUGUCCUGACAAAAACCUCGUGCUGUGUGGGGAUGAAGAAGGCAGCGUGUGGAUCUAUGAUGUUGAGCACCUACUAAAGCGGCCACCUGCACUGGCAAAGGCUCCGCAGGCCCCGACACAGAUCCUGAAGUGGCCUCAGCCAGUAGCACAGGGCCAACCAGUGACCAAGACCAUGGUGAACACAGUUGUGGCCAAUGCAGCUUUCACCUACCUGUCUGCUCUGACGGACUCCAACAUCGUGUCCAUCUGGAGGAGUUGCUAGUGUGCACAGGCAGGGUACCGAGGACUCGGCUCAGUAGCUUGGGGCUAGUGGUAGAGAUCUGUACCAGCGAGUGUUUUUAUUAAAUUCUCUCUUGUGGACUAA